UCUCCUGCGUUCAUGACAAAACCAUGUAUAAACAGUUACCCUGUAGAAUUUUUAAUACGAUCUGGUCAGUAUGAAAUGAAAACUUCUUCGAGCAGCCCACCCUUGAUCGUUUAACAUAAAAUCUAUCAUACCUAACAAUGGCCAAAGUGAAAAUUAUUAAAAGAUUCCAAAUAUCAAUUUGUAAAAUCUUUUGAAACAAAUAGUACUAUGCAAGAGUUCAACCAAAGAGGUUUUAUUUGAAUUGGUUAAAGCAAAAUUCACAAGCGGCACGACCAAUCAGAAGCAGUACAUAGAUGUGGGUAGUGACACGUCAUCAGUAUGGAAUUUCUGCGCUCGUUUCUCAGACGUCAUUUCACGGGGAAACCAGUGGUGGCGACGCAAAAUGUCGUCUGUUUACUCAGGCUAGCGACGAGUCAUCUCACCGUAAAUCUGUCUUGCAGUAAAAGGGGAAUGAAAUAGUUUUUCACCGCUUUCCUCAAACAUGACUAACUGAUUAAUAUCUGAAUUAACUUGUUUGUCUACAGGCUCUGAAGCGGACGCUUGACUACAACAAGUUUAUCAAAGGUUAUCAGGCCCUACUCUACCGAAUACAGAAGCGGUAUGGAGUCAAAGAGCCAAGCACCGCUCUACAGUUUAACGAGUUGAUGGAGUAUGUGGAACGCUUAAAUAGUACGUAUGCACGGUUCAGCUCUGAUGCGAAACUGUUCCAGGAGAUUUAAAAUAUCAACCUGGAGCACUUACAAUUUACAUGGGAAAACCGGAAAUUCCGGUUUGAAAAUCAAAUGGUUUUCCUUCCCUACAGUCUGUGCUGCAAGCGUUUCCCGCGCCAGUUCGUUGAGAAAGUUGAGACGAGAGCGUUUUUUGCUCUAGCUCCAACUUUCGCGCAGUAAGUGGAUCGGAAACGCUUGCGACGCAGGCUAGCGCUAUUCCGUUUUACGAUUUGAGGCGAUGCAAUUUUUCUACUAUUUUUAGUCUGUUCAGUUGAUCUGGAUAUACUUUGUGGCGGGUCGUUCUCCCAUCACUUCAAAUGUUUAUCGUUUUAUGCUUACGCAAAAGAUUUCCACCCGGGUGGGACAUGUGUGCAAAUGAUAACCACCCCACAUGGUUUCCCCUCCCUUCAACAUUGUUUAGUGUGUGUAAUUUGAAGUAUUUGUUUGAAUCGUUGGUGUAAUUGAUUUCGCUUAUUAAGUUUGUCUUUUCCUUUGUUAACAUACGAGUUUCGUACGUUUCAGAGUACGAAGUGGCAUUUGAUAAGUUUGCCACUGGUGGUGUCCUGGAGUAUAAAGACAUCAAAAAGUUCUUCGAGUCUGUUGGACAUGUACCUUCACAGAAAGAAAUCGAUGAUGCCAUAGAGCUCGUCACUAAGAGUAAGUCACGUGAUCAUAGUUUGAAGUGUUUAAUAGUGGAUGAUGUUUACUACUCUACAAAAAACUGAGGAGUUAAGGUCGCGGAGGAUAUGAAAAGCUUAAGCAACGACGACUGUGACGAUAAACGAGAACAUAACCCACCUUUUUAGUUUAUGUUCUUGUUGUCGUCGUGGUCUUCGUUGCUUGUGUGGGCGACCUAAACUCGUAAUGGACAAAACGACAAUUCUGCACGUGCAUCACACUUCUUAGUACAUUUCUUUGCCGCCAAUGCAUGACUACGAUGUAAAACCUCCCAAAUUCACAUUUUUAAGACGACGGAAGUAUCGUAUAAACAAGUCUCCUUUGUGGCCAUAUUCUUCUCUUUCGGUUUUUGCUCGAUUGACUUAAAACAAAAAAGGAGGUGCUUGAGGUCCAGUAGCAUAACGUUGACUUUUUGUUUCUCCUUAGUGUCUGCGAAGGGCCGAAAUCUCACAAAAGCUGAAGCAGUAGAAGUGCUAUUUCAGAUUUAUGUUCCAAAAGGUACGAAAAUGAAUCUGGCUGAUGUUCGUAAAUCCACUUGGCUAAACCCCCUGGACGAUGGUCGUGAUAUUAUGCAGCUUCUUUCUAAAAAGGACUUGGAACAAACGAACCUUGCGAGAUGUUUGGCUGUCGUAGCCGGCUCAGGACAGGAAAGCGACGAAAUUAAGAGCUUGCUUCAACCAGAAUCGGCCAAACCAGCGGGGAAAAAAGAAGAGGGAAAGAAAAAAUCUACCGCGAAGUCGCCUCGAAAGACUGUUCUUGCUCAGUAUCCAAUGAGGCCUUCGACGCCAACAUCAAAAUCACCCAGACCUCCCUCGGGAAAAAAGUCAUCCAAGAGAUGAUACGAGGGGUAUUAAAUUAUUUGGGGUAAUUCAGUCGCCCCCCACCACCCACUGUAAGGUCAUUUAAGACCGUCUUGGGUUCUGGACUCCGCGUAGUGGAUUCCGGAUCCAUGUCAGUGAAACUUGGAUUCUGGAUUCCAGUUGUAAGGGGGAUUCCGAAUUCCUUGAGCUGUAUUUCGGAUUCCAAAACCCAGGAUUCCGGUCUCCACAAGCAACAAUUUUCCACGUUUUACGGAAUCCGGAUUACUUUACAUGCAGCGAUAUUCAGGCUGUGAAAACCGUUGAACCUACGGACAGUUUGAAACCAGCGGUCAAGUCCAACCCACAUCACUGAUGUCAAUGACAGAAGGAAUAAAAUGUAGACAUAAUGUUAAUACAUAGAUAAGGUGCCAGGUUGGUUUUUCGGCCUACAAGUUUCAAACCGGAGGGUUAAACGAGAUUAGAGCUGGGAAUGAAAGUCUUCAGCGAACUGAUGUUAAAGGGGUUGUGUCACUUCGACGCAGCUUCAGGGGCACCCAACGACUGUUAGAAUUUUCUAUUUCUUGAGGACGGCUAAGAAUUUGUAGAUGCCCGUUCCAUUCAUGUACAAUUUUCGAAGCUUUUCAUUUUCCCAUAUCACUUCCCAAGUUAGGCUAUUUUUCGUAGAGAAAAGGAAACCUGAACUUUUCGGAUUCAAAAAUGCGAUGGAGAGAGAAAUCAGAAAAUGUCUCACUUUGGCGUUACGUUAGACUACGAGUA